UCGAGGAGUGAAGCCAAUAAAACGUAUGAAUAGAUGCAGCCCAGCCUCGUGCUCUGGGACUCGAGGGCUCUCUCCCCUCCCCCCACCUGGCGCCCGGCGGUGCCCUCGGAUUUGCCAUCUGGCUGGAGUCCCUGCUUCCUCCUUAGAGGGCAGCAGCGGAGCGUCUCAGGGACGCAUGCGCUCCUAUUUGCGCCCGGGGAAUUAAAAGAAAGAGGAAAAAAAGCCCCAACAAAACACGCGCCCCAAACAAAACGCAAGUGGAGGAGAGCGCGCCACUCCGAGACCCCGGGCCGCGGAGGCGCCUCCGGCCUCGCCCGCGUCCCCGGCCGCGGCGUGAUGCGCACGGACCGGCCCGCCACGCCCGCACUGUCCCCGCACCUGGACGCCGGCCGGGUGGCCGCGCCCCCCCGCGCUCGCGCGCCACCGCCGCUUUCUCGGAGUCUCCCGGCGCCGGAGGGGCACCUCGCUCCCCAUGGGGCCGAGGGACUGGCUGCGGACCGCGUGCUGCUGCUGCCCGUGCAAGUGCCUGGAGGAGCCCGGCGUGCCCGAGAAGGAGCCCCUGGUCAGGUCCAGACACUGCCCUUGACUUUUGUGAUCUUACGUAACCCCUUCCUGCCUGUCCACUCUGAUUUCCAGCACGUUAAACGCUGUACACUCCUUGAUUUAAUCAGACAGGCAUCCUUGCUGCUCCAGGAACAAGCCAACCUUCCUGUUCCCUCCAAGCUUGCCUCAAGUAGUGACCUGCCCCUUCCUAAAUGCUAGUUCUCAAGGCCCCUCCAGCAGUCUUCUUUAAUUACUAAUUACCUUUAUUUUAUUUUUUUUGGAGGAAGAUUAGCCCUGAGCUAACA